UAGUGGCGUUCAAACAUUAAAUAUCGUACUCAAUAGAAAAAAAAACAGGAAAAAGACAGAAAAAAACAAAUAUCUGAAAAGGCUACAGAUAAAGGGAGACAACCUAUAAGAAAUAUAGAAUGUACUCAUUGGAGCAGCUGUUUAGUGUACACAAGAACUGCAAGAAUUCAGCAUGAUUAAUGUUAACUCAAACUUAUUAAAUAUGAAGUGUUUUGAAAGUGCACCAAACAUAUAUAAUUAAAAAGGCUCAUUUUUUUCCUGUUAUUAUUAAAGAUCUGAACAUUCUGUUUAGGCUGGACCAGAAUAAUUAGUGAAUUAUGUUGAUAGACUUUUGCCAUCACAGUGUAAAGUCCAAGAUAAAGGCAGACAAGGUGUCUUUUGAUGGGUACGAGGUACAAAACCUUGUAUCUAGUAACCUUGAGAAUAAGAGAAAGGGCUUCUUGUCAGACCAUUUUAUAAAACCACCAGUUAAUGUAACAGUACAGUUCCCAUGUAAUGUGUGUAUUUAUAGAAUUGUUAUAGAUCCUGUGAUUGGUCAACAAAAGUCAUGUGAUUUGAAAAUUUUCACAGCCGCAGAAAAAAUGACUGAUUCCUGGCUGUACAGUACAAAUAGUGAUAAAACAGUGAAAACAGAUGGGGUCAUUUUUAAUUAUGUAGGAAGUUCUACACAGACAGAUCCUAGUGUGAUUUGCUUUGUAAAUAACCAGUUUAAAGAAAGAAGUUCAUGGAGAAUUGAAAACAUUCCAGAUGUAAAAUCUUACCCUUGCGUUUUACAGUUGAAUGCCAGAAAGCCAGGUGGACUAUACAGUGCGAGCCAUGUGACAGUUUGCUUAAGUCGAAGCAUAGGUGGAAAAUCUGCUGCCUUAAGAAGGCUUGAGAUAUGGGGAAUUCCAGCAUUAAAAGUCCCUGUUCCUGUGCAACAUACAUUAAGAAAUGCUUACAUUGAAGUGACAGAUCCAAAAGAAAUCAAGGGCAAAAUUGCACCUCACAAAAUUGCAAAGUCUUCAGAAUUGAGUAAUAGUGCCAGUGCUGAUAAAACGUCUUGUGAAACUAAUAAAAUAUCAAUUGAUGGAGUUUCAAUACCGGAUGAUUUUAUUGAUCAAAUUACAUUUGAUCUUAUGACAGUUCCGGUACUUUUACCAUGUGGAAAAAACAUUGACCAAUCAACUCUGGACCGUUUUGUAAACACUGAGGCAUCCUGGGGAAGACUGCCAAGUGAUCCAUUCACAGCGGUUAUCUUCUCUCCAUCGUCAGGGCCGAUAACUAAUACAUCACUCAAGGCUAGAAUAGAUAGUUUUGUGUUAAAACACUCAAACUCAUUAAAAGUACCGCAGACAUUAGGGCGGUCAGAUAUUCAUAAGAUGCACAAAAGCCAAAUAGUUUCAAGUAAAUUGGUAACCGAACAUUUCUCUGAUAAAUCAACAUGUAGGUACUCUGUGCCUGAAAUUCCUAGAAGUAAACCCCACAAUUUUCCAAAUGUAAACAGUACUUUCACAAACAAAUCUACAUCAUCGCAACAAUCAAAUACUAUUGAAAUUCAUCCAAUACUACCUCUGAGAAAUGAUACAUAUCUAAAUUUAGAAACACCUAGGUCUUCAUCUCUUAAAAGGAAGCAUUCUGAUGUAACAUUGUUAAAAUCACAACCAAAUAAAAAUGUUGAUGCUACAAAAGACCAUGUGUGUAUAGAUUUAACUAGAGUUACAAAUUUUGAUGAGACAAUUAAAACAACGAAAAAACAAAAGUUGCUUAGUAACAGCCAUGAUAAUGAUCUUUCACAAAGUCUCGACAAUGCUUUAUUAUCUACUCUUGGAAAUCUGCCAUCAUUUACAAAGAAAAAUCCAAAACAAGCAACUGUUGAUCCAAAAAUUCAAGAAACUCAGUGUUCUAAAUGUAAAUCAAAUCUUACAAAAUCUGACGUCAUAAAAUACAAGCUUGUGUGCGGUCAUUUGAUAUGUAGGUUGUGUCUUGUUCAGGAAUCAACUUCUUUUGUGUGUAAUGUUUGUCAGACCAAGUGCCAGUCAAGCCAGGCAGUCAGAAUGUUUUAAGGUGUUUUUUUUUCAUUUAAAAUGAAAACAAUACAUAGAUAUUUUUAAAUUGUUAUACAUUUAUAUUGUAUAUUAAGUGCUUAUUUUGGCAGGGGUAUAAUUUUGUUUAUAUUGUUGGUAAGGAUAAUUGUGCCAAUUUAAAACACCACUUAUUUUAUACGCUACCAUUAUAAAGAUUUAGGUUUUGUUUCAAAAGGUAGACAACUUAUGGCAUACUUAUUAAUUAUACAAUAACAUUAUUCUUGUUACGGUUAUGUCCCUUGAUUUCUAUAUGUUCAAAAAUUUUGGAAAAAAUACAUGCAUUUCUUUAACAAACUUUAAUCUAUAAACAAGAAACAUAUACAUAUUGAAUUACAGAAUACAUGUUUUUUAUUGUUAUAGAUAUUGUUAUAUAUAAUAAGUACGUGAAACAACUGAAAAUUCUAUUUAAGUUUGAAUUUUUCCAUGUUAAAGAAUUUAAUCUAUUUUAAUAAAACACUUAAUCUUAGUGUCUAACAUACUGCAUAGUGCCAUCCUUUACAGUAAAGGAAAACAUGCUUGUCUUUAUUUCUUUAACUAUUCUAAAGUUACAUAUUCUAAUGAAGGGGUAGUAAAAAUGAUUCUGGAAACUACCAAACUCCUCACAGUGAUUACUUCCCUUGGCAGAAUUGUUAUCUCUGUACUGAUAAGGGGAGAUUACUGCAUAGGAGAUUGGGAAACUACAGGUGAACCCUUAUUAUCUCACUUAAAUAUAUAAUAGUCACAGAUUGAUAUUUCAUAAAAUAUAAAUCUGUGGUUUAACAUAGGGUUAUUUUAACCUGCUGCUUUUGUUUAAUUAAAUUGUCUAGCUUUGAAUCUAGAAUAUUACAUUGAAUAUUUAUGGGAUUUCAAUAUCAAAAUACAAAAAGUAAGCCAGCACACAGUAUAGUCUGGUUAGACUGCAUAGAAGUGCAGGAUGACCUGGCACCAUACAGGUCACUUUCUGUACCAGUAUGUUAAAGCUGCAUGCUGACAGAUGAGCCAAAAUAUUCUUGAGAAAAAAUGUACUAAAUGUAAGAUAAGUAAAAAAAAUAUAAGAUUCAAGUAAGAAUUUACAUGUUAUGGAUGAUUAAUUAAAGUCUUAUUUUGCUGUAUUUAUCACCGAAUUUCUGCUGCGUUAGUAAUAUACUAGUAAUUUACAUACUAUUUUUGCUUAUUUUGACCUCAUUUUGGUAAUUUAAGGGGAUUUUCAAGCGCUGUAUGAUGUGUAAACUAUUAUGCUAGUUGGUGCUAGCUGGAACUCAAAAACUACUGAAGGGAAUGGGUUGAAACUUCACACAUAUUUUAAAGUACAUGUAUAAUAGAGCAGAUUAAAGAAAUAUCAUUGUAACAUGUUACUUAAUUUUACUGAUAUGGAGGCAUGCCACUUUAAUGACUAAAGAAAACAUUCGUUUACCAAGAUCUGAUAGAGUACUUUGAAUGCAUGUGGCAAUAAAACAGUCCUAUGCUGACAAAAUAGAGGCAAGCUAGCCCUGCACAUUCAUGCAGUCUGACUAAUUUUCUGUUAUCACUUAGUAAAGUCGUUUAUUCAGUGCCAGUAUGUGAGACCAUUCAUGUUUUUUCAUAAUGGUGGAUGUAUAGCAUUGUUACAUGGGUUUAUAAUGCUCCCCGAAAAAUAAAAAUAUGCUCCGUCUGUCCGUCCGUCCAUCUGUCCGUUGUCUUGUCCGGAGCAUAACUUGAAAACCCUUGGAGAUAAUUUGUUUAAACUUCAUACAGUGGUAGACGGCAUUAAGGGGGAGUGCAGUGUCAAAGAACCAUAACUCUAUUUUGCCCGGUUUUUGAAUUAUCUCCCCUUAUAGAAAAAUCUUAAACUAUAAGAGAUAUCAACAUGAAACUUUGUAGGUGAAUAGAUCUCAAUGGGUAGAUGUGCAGUGCAAAAGAACCAUAACUCUAUUUUGCCCGGUUUUUGAAUUAUCUCCCCUUUUAGAAAAAUCUUGUCCGGGACAUAACUCUAAAAAUAUAAGAGAUAUCAGCAUGAAACUUUGUAAGUAAAUAGAGCUCAAUGGGUAGAUGUGCAGUGCACAAGAACCAUAACUCUCUUUUGCCUUACUUUGGAGUUAUUGCCCUUUGUUAAUUUUAACACUUUGAACUUUGUCCGGAACAUAACUCUAAAACUAUAAGAGAUAUCAAGAUGAAAUAUUGUAGGUAGAUAGAUCUCAUUGAGUAGAAGUGCAGUGCAAAAGAACCAUAACUCUGUUAAGCCUCAUUUUUGAAUUAUCUCCCCUUUUAAAAAUUUUUAUCCAGGACAUAGCUGUAAAACUAUAAGAGAUAUCAACAUGAAACUUUGUAGGUAGAUAUAUCUCAAUGGGUAGAUGUGCAGUGCAUAAGAAUCAUAACUCUGCCUUGCUUAAUUUUAGAGUUAUUGUUCUUUGUUCAUUUUUACUUUUUGAACUUUGUCUGGGACAUUACUCUAAAAUUUUAAGAGAUAUCAACAUGAAACUUUGGUGGUAGAUAGAUCUCAUUGAGUAAAAGUGCAGUACAAAAAAACCAUAACUCUGUUUUGCCCAAUUUUGAAUUAUCUCCCCUUUUAAAAAAAUCUUGUCUGGGAAAUAACUCUAAAACUACAAGAGAUAUCAACAUGAAACUUUGUAGGUAGAUGGAUCUCAAUGGGUAGAUGUGCAGUGCACAAGAACUUGAACUCUGUCUUUGCAAAUCUUGUAGUUAUUGCCCUUUGUUCAUUUUUACAUUUUGAACUUUGUCAGGGACAUUACUCGGAAACCAUAAGAUGUAUCAACAAGAAACUUUGUAGGUUGGCAGAUCUCGUUGAUUAGAAGUACAGUGCAAAGAACAGAAACUCUGCCUUGCCUAAUCUUGGAAUUAUAGCACUUUGAACUUUUUCCAGGGACAUAACCCUGAAAGUACAAGAGGUGUACUUCCUGUGUCCAAAACCUAUUCGGGGAGCAUCACCCGGCUCAAACCAGGCUCUUGUUAUUACAGCCUUGCCAUGCUUACAUGCACAUAAUAUUAUGCUAUAAUACUAUAUGACUGUUUAGCUGUUAGUUUUAUAGCAUACAUUACAUUAUACUUGUAUAUGAAAUAUUGCUUUAAUUUUGUUACUGUUUCUUGUCCCAAAUAGACUUGAUAUAAACAUUGUAUAUUACAUGUAGUAAAUUUUUCGUUUCAUGAAAUAAUUGAAAUGCUAAAAAUUAUUAUUCUGCAAUUUUUAGGCAGGUUUUAUCCAUUGAGCAAUGAUUUGAUGCAUGCCCUAAUUGUCUUUAAGGCAAAUUAUCAUAUUUAUUUCAUACAAGCAUUUUCUGGUAUUCUUUUUUAAAUUUAAAUAUUUUUGUAGCAGAUAUAUAAAAAAAAAUAAUAAGUUUUAUAAUCAAAGUAAAAUUCUGAACGCAUGAUGGAGAAUCUGAUAGUGUUUUGCUAUUCUUUUCACUAGUAUUUUUACCUGUUAUUUGAUACAGUAACAUAAUUUUUCUAAGGAAAGUUAGUGGCUUGUACCAGGUUUCUCCACUUGACAACAGUAUUACUCAUUGGCACAAUUUUUAAGUUUUCAUAAAUCUGGAGGUUUGCUGCUUUAGUAUUAUUUAAGUUAAGCUUAUACUCCACAUUGUUACAUUGACUUUUUUUAUCUUCAAACAUAUAUAUUGUAAUUGAAAUGUCAUUUUUAGCUCGACUGUUUGAAGAAUAGGAAGCUAUUCUGUACACUCUGGAUCAGUGUCACCCUUUGGUUAAGUUUUUUGGGUGAAAGUUGGUAUAAUAGGCUAAUACUUUCUAAGGCUCAUAACUCCUACAUGGAUUUUGACAUAAUUACAGGCCUUUUUGAAAAUCAACUAAGAAAAUUUUACAUUAUCCGGUUAUUCGGGCUCUUGUUUCACUAUCAAGCACUGAGAAUAGUCAAGCACUAUCUUACUGAUAGCUCUUGUUACAUUUAUGAUAGUGGACAUUAUAAAAUAAAUUAAAAUGCAUGUU